CAGAAAUCAACAUGUCGGCGUCCUGUACGUCAAGCUAUCCUACAAGUUUCAUGUCUAUCACUUAGGAACGAUUCAGAAAUGGCAAUGGAACAAACGUGUUCCUUUCUUCUAUGUAUUCUCUGCAUAUCAGAGUAUUUCCUGCCUAUUUGUGGAACACUUGUUUUACAUGAGUCUUCAAAUAUUCUCGAGUAUCGCAACGCCUCCAUGGGACAUACUGUAAAUGGAGUUGUCUCCCAGCACAGGGAACAAGUCUGGCUCUACUCCUGGAUUAACAAGACUGAGGUGAAUUUAGUUGAUGACACUUCGAUAAAUUUCACGGUUAGAUUUCCACAAAGCCUCAUACAGUUAUAUUACAAAGCUGUAGUCCCUUUAGAAAUCUAAUGUUUUCGCUAUCGUUCUCUUUUCCCAAAAAUUGUGAUCAUAAUGAACUAUAGGACUGUUUGGACUCUUACCCCUCUUUAACCCCAAUAUCCAAUAAGUAAUUCUCCUGACGGACUUCCAUACAUUCCUUGUAAACUAAACUGGUGAGUUUGAGGUUUUAUGAAGCUAACACCAGAUUAGUGCAGAAUUAGAAAAAUAUGUAAAAUUAUAGAAUUGUAAAAUUUAUGGAACAAAUGUAGACUCUCUUUUGGUUUGUUUCAGAUAUUCAUUAUCAAUAAACUCAGAGAAGGGUGAACCCCUGAAAUGACUUGAAAAUGAUUGUGUAGUUACAUUUGGUCUAACUUCUUCUGAAUUUAGCACUGCAGCAUGCUUGCUAUGUUUGCACUUAUGUUUUUAUACAAUUGAGUUGUAUUUUAUGAAACGGAGAUAUUAUGUUUUAUAUAUAAUUUGUGGUUCUAUUCUUGUACCAAAUAAAGUCACUGAAAACUCAAUUGUUUUCCCAGCCUUAUGCAGUUCGAGUGACAGUGGAAAGUCAAUCAGCUAAUCAGGAUUAUCCUUUGCUGUUUGUUGCACGGCUGCAAAGAGGAGUGGUUUCAUGGCCAAUACCAGUUGAGGGGUGAGAGAAAAAACCAACAAUUUACAAAGGUCCACUGGUGAUUUUUUAGAACAGAAGCCAGAAAAAGUUGGGCUGGUUUGAUAAAAAGGUCCAAAAAAAAAAAAAAAAAAAAAAAAAACAGCAGAAAAGUCAAUUGACGUCAAACAAAGUAUGUCCUGAAAAAUUGUUUUCGUUGCUUUUUGAAAUUCUUUUGAGCAGAAAUUUCAACUGUAAGCCUCAAUCUUAAGUCUGAAAUGUAAUUUUUCAUACUCCUGUCCAAAGAUAUCAAACCAAGCAUAGUGAGGUUAUAAUUUUAGUGGUGAUAUGUAAUACGAAAGAGGUUUAUUCUAUUGAUUGCCUUUGUAACUAGGGGUAUCUUUGGCAAGCAACUGCUCCCAGGACACUUCAAAGGUGACCAUAACUGGAGCUAGCGCACUGUUAGAAGAGUUGUUAGCAACAUAGCUGAAAGACGAAUUAUGUUAUCAUGCACUUAGGUCAGGUUUUAAACUUUAAAAUUCCUGCAUAGGAGGGAAAGCUUAUAACUGAUGCAUUGUACAUUAUAUUUUGAGUUUAUAUUUGGAGAAAUUUCUUUUACAGGUUUAAUUACAAUCUUGUCAGUCGAACACUUUGUCCCUUCAGUCAUGGUAUCACACAAUUAAAUAGAUCAGAAGCAAUUUCCAUUGAUGUGUCAACAUCAUCACAGAAGCCAGUCAAUUACUCUCUCAAAGCAAUGUUUGCUGACAAAUUUCAGUUAUCGUGAGUAUCAUGAGUUAGGUAAUAAGUUGUAUAUGAUAGUCACAAAAGAUAUGAAAGUUCCAAGAUGCUCAAUGAGAAACUAACUGUCUUGGAGAUGCAAUAGUAAGUAAAGCCUUUAUACGAGCCCAAGUAGCCCAUGGGGCUGGUGCUUAUCUCUGGUUUUCUUAGCAUGAAGUGGCUAAGAGUAUUGCUACUCCUCCCUGGAUGGGAUGCUAGUCCAUUGCAGGGUUACCCCCAGCACAUUUGCUUGUACCCAUUUGUACACCUGGGUGAAGAGAAGCACUGUGAGGGUAAAGUGUCUUGCCUAAGAACACAACACAGUGACCCUGGCCAGGGCUCGAACCUGGACCACCCAAUCCAGAGUCAAGCACACUAACCAUGAGGCCACCACGCCUCCACCGGAGAUGCAAUAAUGAACCAAAAUUUUAUACAUUUGCUUGCUUUAAUAAGGCUGUGGAGUCUAACUGAGAACUUAAAAAUCACCUGCAGUGAUGACUAUUUCCUCACAUAAACCCUGUAGAGCAGGGAAAAGCAGUGAUUUAAGUUAGUCAUCAUGUUCUGUUUUUAUGUCUAAUAACAAUGAAUACAAUGAUUGUAACACUUAUUUAAAGAGGAAAAAUUGUUAGAUUUUGUCCACAUGAAUAUAGAUAAGCUAAUUGAGUCAUUUAAUUUUUAAAGUGCUGGAUUAAAAGUUAAGUUUGGAAAGGAGCUUUUCUUGGAGAUAUUUAUAAGGUUAUAAGGGUUUUGAUCAAAUCAGGAAGGAUAAGCUAACAGUUGGUCAAUCUUUUAAAUUUUUCAGUAUUGACUGAAUAAUGGAAAAUUUAUAUUUCCUACUACACUGUACAUGCUAAUUUUUGGACAAGCCAAAUAUUUUCUUUGCGUAACAUGAAAAUUCAAAAUUUUUUUAUAGGAUGGAUGCACCAUUAACAGUUACAGUGGACCCUGCACAACCUGUGGUAAGAUAAUCUUUAGAUAAAUGUAGAUUUAUUUACUAACUAUUCAGCAUCAAUAAUAAAUGGUUUGUCUAAAACACUUGGUUAUAGAUGUUUUUAUAAUGGGGUAGCUCUUUUUUGACAAGCUUGCACAUAGCAUACUGUUAAAAGCUCUUGACUUUUAAGUCUAGUCAAUUUAUACUCAAUUACAAGAUGUGGUAUGAGUGAAACAUAUGCAUUAGGAAGUACAGGCAACAAGAGGUAACAAGAGAUUGGAAAAUUAUUUUGCUACUAAGCAGAAUUCUCCAGCUAAAUUUUGCAGAGAAUAAUCUUCCACCUUCCCUUCCACUCUUUUUUUUUUUCCUGUUCUCCCUGACUUGCAUGGGCCAAUAAUUUUUUGCAUUUAACUUUUGACAGUAUUUCUUAUGGAGGUAUCCAGAAGAAGUGGAUACAGUUGUUAUUAAGGCUGAAUCCAAGGAUAAUAAACUGUGUGCCAUUCUAUCAGUCCAGGGAACUACGGUUUGUCUUUAUUUUUUCUUUUAUGAUUGGAAUCUUAAGUUUACUCCAAGACUCUGAAAAUUAUGAUUUGAUUUUGAUCCAUCAACUGUGUACUGACUCGUGAUUGUAAGGCUUAGGAAACAAGAACAAACCUAAAAACUACAAUUCAACUUUUUUUGGGGGUUUUUUUCCUGUUCUCUCUAACCUGUGUUUACAGUUUCUGAGUUGUAUUAGUGCUCUACAGACUACCCUGCAGAAAACACACAAUUAUUUAUACAGAAAUGUGUAGAGUUUAAAAACUGAUAUUUUUUGUUGUAUAAUAUUUAUCAGUGUCCAGUGUAUGAUUUGGCAAGAAAUGUGGAAUUCACGGGCCACUUUCAGACUAUGACAACCAAAGCAGCAAUCACACUAGAGGUAAAUCAUUAUGGUUAAAUAUUUUGAAACAUCACACCUUGCUCGUUCUUUGUAUUUGUACACUUUUGAAGAUUCGCAAUGGCAAAAUUUUCUAUGUGGAUCUAAAUCUAAUGCUAAAGCUAAAGAAGAGUGACAGGGGUCGUAGCUCAAAACCAAGUCAUUACAAUUGUCUCUUCCUUGAAUUUAAAAAAGAUGAGCAAAAACAGCUUUUCUUGAUUAAUAACAUGUACACGUUUUAGAAAAGGGCUUCAUGCAGUGGUUUAUCGAGGGGGUAUUCCAAGAUUUAGAACUUUAGGGUUUAUAUAUAUUCUAAUGAGAUUGACUGGAAAAUCCUUGCUGUUCUACUUGUGUCUUAUUUUAUUUUGUUUUUGUCAUCAGCGUAAUCAGACCCAGUUUUAUGUUGUACUGAUAGUCAAGUCAUCUGAUGAAGAAUGUGUCUCUGGAGAAAGGUUUGCUGAACCACGCACUGGAGAACCAGUGUCAAAAGACCCUCAUUCUGCAGGUAAUGUAAUGAAUUUACACCUCAGAUGAUAAAAUUUUAUUACCUAUUUAGACAGUUAUUAUAUAAAUGUAGUGUUAUAAAAGUGACGGUCACUAGAUGAGCAGAGUUUUAAAUUAACUAUUCCUUGAAAGCCCUCUCAUUGUUGCCUCCCUUAUUAAUUAUCAAUCAGAGAAAAAUUAGCUUCCUCCAAAAUUAUUAUUUAUUUAGAAUAAUUAUUGAAUUUGAUAGACACUUAACCCUUUAACUCCCCCAAGUGACCAAGACAGAAUUUCUCCUUACAAUAUCACUACAAUAUCAAGCAGGCAAGAGAUGAGAAUAAAGAAAAAUAUCAGUUGGGGAUUAUAAGUUGAUCCAAUUAUAACAAAUUCUCCAAACUAACAUCACAAAAACUGUAUGGGAGACAGUAAAGAGAAUUACUAAUGAGAUCUUGAGAGCUAAAGGGUUAAAGGUGAAAAUCUCAUGACAUUUCAGGUCCAUCAUCCCAAAGACAGAAGACUGUCACAAUAACCGUGAAAAGUACUUUGUCUGGUAAGUCCUUCCUCUCAAGUAUCUCUUUAUUAAAUUCAUAAUUCCAAAAACAUUGUGGUAAUCAGUUACCAAUCUUCUCUUUCUCCACAGAAAAGGACUAUGUGAAGGCCAUAGUGGCUCCAGUAUUGUUUUUUGGGUCAUUCUAUAUCAUUGCCUUUUCUUUUCUUCUGUUUACCUGGUGUAGGUGAGUACCUCUUUGUUAAGUAGUAAAUAAUCACUUAGAAUGUAAUCUUCAGACAAUAAAACGGCUGCACUGUUUUACUACUUGCACCAAGAACUGACUUGAAAAUUUAUGUCUAUGUUUUGCUAUCUCAAUGCACUGCUUAGAAAUUUUCAAAUCUCAUUACUCAUUACAAAUUAUUUUGGAAAUAGACUUUUGGGCAAAAUUUUCCCAUUGAAUGAUAUUUUGUGAAGGGUGAUGGCCCCAGCUACAAAUGCAACCAAACUGAAAGUUCUGAAGUUCUGACAAAUUUUUAUUGGAUUGUAUCAUUAGACAAACAAGAGGAAGGAAGAGUUUCCGCUCCAUUUUGAUGCCAAAAGAGAGCAACAACAAAGGUACGCAGGGCUUGUUUAACAAGAUAAUUUUUCUCUUUAGUGUGAACAGCACAGCAUUUGCUGUGACACUUUCUUCUUCCAGGAGCAAUUUAAGAUUUCUAGAUCACUGUUCCAAAACAUCAUAUCAAAUACUGUACCUGUAUUACACAAAGCCAAGCAGUAGGCAGGGUAUUUAUCACAUGCAAUAAUUUUGCUUUGAUGUCACUGAGCCACUGUAAGUUUUUUUUGGCUCAGAACAUUUUUCAGGUCAUAGAUUAAGACACCCAUUGAGCACCUGAAUUUUUUUCUCCAAGUAUACCUGUAUCACUAACAGGAGCACAUCAAUUCAUCCUUGAAUUUCUUUUCUGAGAUCUUUCUUAGUUGAAAAAAUUAAAUGUUUUAGGCGACAGUUCCAUUGCCCCCGUCCUCUCUCUCUCUCCCUCUCUCCCUCCCCCUCUCCCUCCCUGGUCAUUUUCUGUCCACUGGCUGACAGUUGGCUUAUGGCAGCUACAUAAGCACUCAUGAGUCAAGGAUACACCCCAGUAAUCCAGGCAUCUGCUGACUUACCGGUAUUGUUGGAUUAUGGAAACUAUAUAAUCAUUUUUAAGUCCAGGUUAAUCCAGAGCAAUGAAGGCCUUCUUAAUUUCAAUUAAAAAUCAUUUUGUUUACCUCAGAUGCUCCAAUAAGUGCACCACUAAGAACAUCCUCAUCAAGAAGAUCAAGAAGAUCAAGAGACCAUUAUGGAUCAACACCACAAGGCAUCUUUCCUAUCAAUGAACCGCUGGACACUGAUAGUCUGGAACACUCUGAAAAUGACCACUUAGUCAAUGAUGGAGUGAUGGAUCCAUCAUCGAAGGAUUUUGAGAAACAUUAUGACAUGCUGCAUGACAUUGAAGUGGAGAAAGAUGUAUACCGGUUGAGGGUAUGUAGAUUUGGUGAUGGUUAAAUUUGGUUAUAAUGUAGUAAAUGGGAUUUGCACCAAGGCAGCGUCAGGAAUAGAACGUAUUCAUCUUAAAUUAGUAGUUGCAACACAGGUGACAUUCCUAUUGAUUUGAAAACUAGCUGGUUUAAAUUGAUGAUGUAAACUAAUCUUAUGGAACAACUUACAGAGUAGAUAUUUUUAAGUUAGUUACAUGUAAGUCCUUGAUCCACUAGAAAUAAAUGAAAGUAAGAUUCCAUGGAUGGUACUUCCAAGAGGUGUACAGUAGAUAUUUGUCCACUGUUACUGGGUCAAAUUGAAAUUCUAAGUGCUGGUUUUUGUGGAAGGAGUAAAACCUGAGAAUGAUCAGAAAAAGACCUUGGAUAAAGGAUAAGAAACAACAGCAACCUCAACCCAUGUGUGAUAGAAAGUGUGGCCAGGAUCCCACAGCUGUAAGUCAUAGAAGUUAAGGGGGGAGGGUGGGGCUUUAUCAUGGCUGUGUUAGCUCAGCUUCCCUUCCAUCAAUGGUAAAGUAUUGUCAUUAUAUAAGUAAGAUUAGUUUCAUUUGUUUCAUUUUUCCACCAGACAAGUCUUAUGCUCACUGACCUGGCUAAGAAAGAAAAGAAGUAUCUGAAGAAGAAAUACAGACACUAUCACUGGUUUGUAAAUUAAGCCUGUUAUUGAUUUUUGUUUCAGUAUUACCUAAUUAUUGACUGUACUCUCUUUGUUAUCUUCAGGAAUCUGCUAUUGAUAGCUGUGUUUUAUGCUCUCCCUGUUGUGCAGCUUGUCAUUACAUAUCAGAAGGUAUGUCUGGUUACUCACUUCUUGUUUUCAAGAGCAUUUACCCUUGCUAUCUUGCCUGCCUGGAAAGCCAGCCAUGUAAUAAUUAAAGUAUUGCAUAGAGAAAUUGCUGAUAAACUGAGUGCAGUCCAAACCCACUGGCAAACUGGCACUGGUAAACUGGCACUGGUAAACUGGCAAUCAAAAUGUCACGAUCCACAUCCACAGUAACCACACUGAAGGACAAACUUUUAUACUUCUCUUUUGAAACUGGGUUUAGUUUUAUGAGGGUUACUUCAGAUAAACUAUUUUGUUAAUUGGAAGGUUUGUUCUAAUUUUGAAUACAGGUUCUUAACUUUAGUGGAGAUGAAGACAUAUGUUACUACAACUUCUUUUGUGCUCAUCCCCUGGGGGUGUUGAGGUAUGUCAAUGAGCAAUUCAUUCUGUGAUGAGCAACCCUUUCAUUCCAUGUUGCAACAGUAUGAGAAAGAUUUUUAACCCUUAAGCCCAGCAAUAAUCCGUUUUUCAUUUUAUAUUAUCCAGGUAAAUUUCCUUCUUCAACUCGUAUCAAGAUACAAUAUAUUAAGUUGUUGAGUUAGCUGUGCACUGUGCCAGUAAAAAAUUGGCAAUGAGCUUGGAAACUGAUGCUCGGUAUUUAUAUUCAUAUCGAAGGUGGUUCUUUCUAUUGCAGUGCGUUUAACAAUGUGUUCAGUAACAUUGGAUAUAUCAUGUUGGGUUUUCUCUUCCUUCUUCUUGUAUUGCGACGGUAUGUACACUGAAAACAUUUUACUAAAAAAUUGGCUGUCAGAUGAUUACAUUCUUUCCGGAAAGUACAAGGACUUUGUUCUGAACUGUAUCUUUGUACAGUCAUGUACGUUCACAGUUGUUUCUAGGUUAUUACAUCAUUUUUAUUUACAAUGUACACAUUCGGAACUGAAGGCUUGUUUUUCCUUAAUACAUGGUGUUUUGCAACUUUAUUGUCACGUUUAUGACAUCUCAUAUAUAUUUUUUUUCAGUGACAGGCAACACAAACUAGAUGUUGCAGAAAACAGCGAAUUGGAGAAGGUAUUUUACGCGCGUCAAUUUUAAUUACAUCGUUUAAACUGCACUACACUACAUAGUGUGACUGUUCUUAAAUUAAACAUUUUGAUUUUUUAACGUGCAAGAGAAGUGAAUCGCGUAUUACUCUUUAAUAAGUCAGGUAAAUUUUGAUGGCUAAAAAAAUCAGCAAAAAUUAAUAGACAGGACGUGGAAAGUUUUCAAGAGCAAGGACAUUUUUCCCUAAAGUGCGCGAAUUGAUUAAGUCCGUCUCGUUGAGUAAUUGAAACCAGGUACUUCUUAAAUGUAUGGUAAACUUUCUGUACACUUACGUUCUUUUUUCAGAAUUACGGCAUUCCUCAGCAUUACGCCAUAUUUUAUGCCAUGGGUGAGUGUAUCGGUUUUUUGGCCCUUUUCAGUCUGUUUUCAGUCAAGUGUGGAGCGUAAUCCAUACGUAAUCCAGGAUUGCUUUGGUCUGUGAUUGGUCCAGAAAAGUCGCGCCUCUCUUUCAUGCAACCAAUCAGAUCAAAACUAACGAAUCACUGCAUGGUGGUCACUUGGUUUUUCCCGCGCUCCACGCAAUUAGCUUGUUUUUACUUUGAGUCCAUAUUAGUUCCUGAUAGUAUUUUCUUUAUUUAUGACUGAAUGUUGUGAGUAAUUCUAUUUUGGUUUUAGGACACUCAAUCUGGCAAAAUGCCGUGUAUAUUACCAUUUUCAAUGAUCACCUAGGUAGUUCCACAGCUUUGUGGCCCAGAAUUACAGGGAAUACCUUGGUUUCACUUCCUCUUGACUCUUACAGUUUGUUUGGUUUUUUAACAGGUCUUGCCUUGAUAAUGGAAGGAGUUUUAUCAGGCUGUUAUCAUGUGUGUCCUAACAAUUCUAAUUUCCAGUUUGGUAAGUUUUCACAGCCCAUGACGAAAGUCUUACAGUUUUCAAUUUAGUGUACAAACUAGACGCAGACGUCUGUAAGAACGCUUAUUUUUAAGGUUACUGUAUAUCAACUAACUUUAUACAUUUGAAACUGUCUUGGAAGGGAAAACGCAUGCUAGGCAAAAUUCAGAAGUCGCCGAAAAGUGUAACAUCUUACUCGACCGCACGCUGUUCAAAAUGUAAGAACAGUACUGCAGAAUCCCUCUCUAUCUUGUAUUAAUACAGAUAAGGAGUACACCGUCAUAUCUUCUUCAAACGAGGUGACAAAUAUUUUCUUUUUGUGUUUUCCUAUAGACACGUCUUUUAUGUACAUCAUCACUUGUCUGGGUGUAGUAAAACUUUAUCAGACGCGCCAUCCAGACAUCGCCGCCAACGCGCACAUUGUUUACACAGGAUUUGCUGCUAUCAUCUUCAUCGCUAUGAUUGGAGUGGUAAGAAUAAAGUUUACGAUAUUCAGCUAUUCUUUCUCGCACUCCUGCAAACAGAGGAACCGCUUGAAGGUCUAAGAUGUGAUUUUUAUUAAGAGAGAUGUUGAAUAUGUGUUGCUAGCGGUGGUAAGUUCUACCAGCAGACGUAAAAAGAACUCUGAUAAGCUGAGCAACUUCUAGGGUUUACAAGGGACAAAUUUUCUGUGUUCUGUCACAAUAACCAAGUGAGAUUUUGGAUUUUUUUUUUUUUUUUUUUUUUUUUGGGGGGGGGGGGGAUAUGAGAUAUACUGAAGCGCAGAACUUGAUUGUUUCCCUCUCAUUCAAGGUUUAUAGUUCUUUUGCUUUCUGGACAACAUUUGCCAUUAUCCACAUCUUUGGAUGCCUGUAUCUCAGCUCACAAAUCUAUUACAUGGGAAGAGUAAAGUUUGGUGAGUUCUGGAUAGUAAAUGUUGAAGUUUAUUUGGUUAUUUUAGGCAUUGUUUUGGUUAGAAUUUGUCUAAUUUAUGACUCUAUGGAGGGCAUAUUACUUUAAGAUACUGUAGGAUUGAACUUGAAAAUGUUUUUGUGAAUUUUUUUUCACCUUCAGAUGCUGGAAUGUUUGCAAGAGUGUUCGUGUUGCUGCGGUAUGAUUGCUGUUCGUGUCCGGUUUACAAGGUAAAAUUAUAAAAAUGUCUUUGUCUCAGUUCUAAUUUUGUCUAAAGUAAGAGACUUUGACACAUACACAAACCUUUUGAUGUAGGUAACAUUUUUCGCGCGAGCCUAACGAAGUUGUGCUUUUAGACGUUUAAAAUAGGUUGUGUACAUCAGAGAAAAAAGGUUGCUGGGGUUAAAGAGAAGAAAUGGAAAGUUUUCGUGGCAGGAAAAUCCCUAUUUUUUUCAAGGCUUUUGUAGCUGUGGACUUUGGCAAGUGGUGAUUGCCUCUUUUAGUGAUCAAGUCUUGACUGAAAUUAACAAAGCUAUUGUUGUUGUAUUUUGUCUCCUGUUUGCGCAGGAUCGCAUGCUUCUCUUGGUGAUUGCUAACGCAGUGAAUUGGGUCUUGUAAGUACGCUGUUACUCUAUUGUUUGGCAUUGUAAUACAUUAGAACGAUGUUAAGUUGGUUUUUAUGUAACCAAAUCCAACGAAAUUACAACAGCCAAUCAGAGGAAGGGAAAUAUCACGGGGAACCAAUGAGAGCUCCACCUAAAAAAUAAGCAAACUGUCUGAAGCGCGGGAAAACGCGAGUAACGAAGGGACGAUUGGUUUUCGUUGUGUAUCUGAUUGGUAGAGAGGAUGGUGCGCGUUUUUGGACCAAUCAGGAAAACCAAAGCGUUCUAUAAACAACAGUUGGAGAAGACCAAGAAAACUAGUUCUUUAAGUGAGUUCUUUUUUCCACUUGCAGUGCCAUCUAUGGUGUUGUUGUUACACCUAAUGACUUUGCUACCUACCUGCUGGCUAUCUUGAUCGUCAAUGGAAUUCUCUAUUUGGCAUUUUAUGUCAUAAUGAAGGUAUCCAUACAUGAGUUGAUUGAGUUACGUUGUUAUCGACCGAAGACAAUGCAAGGCUAGGGGUUUAUGGUAUGUCUUACUACGCAUGUCACUACGAGCAUUCCCUUUUACUCGGCGAAGACCGUCACGCGAGCAACAAAAACUCAUCGGAAAAAAAUGUUAGCGCACCAAGCGGAACUCUGGGAGUGAGGCGCGCUAACCUCAUUUUAUUUUUUUUCAUGCCGAAUAGGAGGGACUGCUUGUACUCUAUCCUGUCCAACCUUCUGUUCCUCGAUGACUUGAUUUGCCUAGAUUCUUUCAGCACUUACAACUUGAGACAUGAUCUUCCUUGCUAAAAGUAUCAUAUUUUUUUAAGGGCGUCUUAUCAUAGUUUAUUUAAGAAAUGUCUUUGUGUAUUUAUUCUUUCAGUUGAGAAACAAAGAAAGGCUUCUAUUGUUCCCUUCGGUUACGCUUUGUCUGACGCUUUUCUGUUGGAUAUUAGCGCUCGUUUUUUUCCUGAGUAAUCUCACGUCUUGGCAGGUAAAUGAAACAUGGAUUCAACAUUUAAACCUUCCAAAAGUCUGUCAAACUCCACCACUUAUAGAUCUGUUAUUCCGGUUUUCGCAGCAUGAAUGAAACGUUUCGACAAUGUUCUUAGUCCUUUUGAGAGUAACGAAUGCAAUCUUGCUAAUCCAUCGGUCUACAAUCGGUCUAUAGCCGGCUCAUCGAAUUGCAGUCGAUUGUCGACGGAAUGGUCAGUCACCACGUUCGGGGAUGUGUCGGUGUGUGUCUGCGCUCGUUUUUGAAACUUUAUAACAUAACCUUUUUACCUGGUCAAUAAUGCCGUACCGUAAUGGUAAUUUGUUUUGCUCCUGUAGCAUUUUGUUGUUAGGUUCCCCUUUCCCCCGCUCCUUCUACAAGACAGUCCCGUUCCCUCAUUCAGCAAGUUACGCGACUUCCAUGAUUAGACGCAAAAGGUCGCGGUUCGUACUCGUUCCCUCUGUGUACCAUAUUCCGCUUUUCUGAAUCCUUUGCAGAAAUCUCCAGCUCGGUCGAGGGAGGGUAACAAAGAGUGCGUCCUCCUGGAAUUUUACGAUGCUCAUGACGUGUGGCACUUCCUGUCCGCCUGCGCUUUAUUCCUUUCAUUUCUGGUAAGCACUCAUUUGCAUUUCUUUUCGUGACGAUUUAAUUUUCAAUGAAGUGUCGAAAGUUAUCCUGAAUUGUAUUGGCUUUGCUUCUCUUUUCUCUCUGAUUGGUGUAGAAAACUUGAUCCCCUCUAUCAACCAAUCAGGUGCAAAACUAAAUCAAUCGUGGCUUGGUCACCCGCGUUUUCCCGCGCUUGAGAAUGUUCCGAGUUCUCCUUCGCUUUCAAAACAAUUUCCUUUCUUUCCUUCGCGAUUGCUUUGUUGUUUUACCGCAUGCGAGUUGCAACGACCAAUCAUUCAAAAGUUAGUUUGUGCAUUAUGCUUACGAGUUUGUCUUUCCAGGGUUUGUUGACGCUGGAUGAUGACUUGCUCGAAACGCCAAGACAUCACAUCCCUGUAUUUUGACAAGCUAUCUGCAUCGCUGGAUGUGUUUUGGCAGUUUGAAGUUAGUUAACUGACAUAGUUAACCUAGGUAAACCCGUCAACUGAAGUUGUUAUAAAUGGGUGCCCUGGGCAACUAAAAAUUAGCAAUUAAGGAAAAAAUAGCCAUAACAGAUGAACCAUCAGAAACAUGUGAAAACUCUUGAUGGAUAAAAACUUAGAAUUGUAAAUCAUUGUUUAUUAGCAGAAAGAUGACAAGGGAAUAGAAAAAUAUCAGUAGGGAGAUAUUUUAUGAUUUCAAAUCAAAUUCCCAGAGUUUAAAAUUACAUGAAGUGUUUGGUAGAUAGUAUAGAAAGAAGUAGUUGGACCCUCCUGCCGGUCGCCGUCCACUUCACAAUAAGGCGCCCGUUCCAAACUCCCUUGAUGAGGAGCCUGGGAAGGAGGAAAUUACGGAGCACUUAGAGCUCUGAUGUCCUUUUUAGCUGCAACGCCCACCGUUUAUGAACAUCGAGCACCAAAAAAGAAAACUGCCAUCCACGCAAGACAAAGGAAAAGCUUUAGAUUAUAUCUUAGACAGAUUGAUUAGUGUAGUUAACCCUCAUGGCAGCAAAAUGGCUGCGUCUGUCUGUACAACCCGAGUUUUGAACCUCCCUGGGAUAAAGCAAUUUCUUGGAAUUGUAGAUAGGUUGGGAAAAACAUGGAGAAGUUUCAGUGACUGAGUGGGGAAGGGAAGCCUGUAUAAAUUUGUAUCAUCGGGAUAUUGUGACAUCGAGAGUUUGCGAAGGAAUAUUCAGUGCUCGAAAUCACUCUUUUGUCGCACAUGAAGAAAUUAAAUGUGAAAUAUUUUACCUUGAGAACACAAUUGAAAAUCAGGAGGUACUAAUGAUAUUUUCAUAAAAUUGAUAUUAGAUGAAAGAGGCACUGAGACUUUUUGUGACACUUUCUUUUGAUAAAAGGAUUUCUGUUUAGAUGAAGUCUUGAAGUUUUCGUAAAGACAUUUAAGGGAUUCAUCUUUUAGAUAUUUAACAACCUAGAUUGCAACAUCUUUCUCGUGAGGAGAAAGGUAAGAACCUUGAUAGACCUGAAGACUUUGAAAUAAACCCAUUUUAUUAAAAACGUAUUUCUAAUUAUUAUCAUGAAGUUGGUCAAAUUUCUCGCCAGUAGAGGCU